AUGGCCAUGGAGCUGGAGGCCGAGACGCUGCCGCUGCACACGCCCAUCCUCCGCAGCAUCCUCGCCGUGCCCUCCAACUGGCUUCUGUUCCUGCAAGGGCUCCCUGGUACCAUUCCGUGGGGCGUCUACUCGAUUUAUCUCCAUAACAUUCUCUGUGAGGAGGCUCGCUACUCCAUCGAUCGAGCGUCGUCGCUUCUGUUGGUGUUCGGCGUGGGCGCAGCGAUCGGGAGCGCGGUGGCCGGGGUGCUCUGCGGCCUUCUUCACGCUUAUAACAAACAAUUACUCCCUCUAGCGAUAGGUUCUUGCUAUUUCAUCGCUCUCCCUCUGAUCUCCUCCCUCUUCGCCUUGCACAUCGAUUCGCGACAGCUCGCUUUUCUCCUCCACGCCGCCAUUCUCCUCUGUCUCGGGCUCCUUCUCAGCAUUCCGGGCCCGUGUCUUCGCACUCUUCUCCUCAACGUCAAUCAGCCACAAUGCCGCUCCUCCGCCGUCGCGCUCAGCGAGGUCUUCAAUAACAUCGGGCGCGUCUUGGGACCGUUCCUCUUCGUCUGCCUCGCGAAAACGCGAAGUCGAGUGGAUUCCGUCCUCCUGAUUAGCGAGUUCUUCUAUGUUUCCGCGGGGAUUUGCUUUUUGCUGUGCUUGACGUGCGUGCGGGACGAAGAAAACGUUUCGGAGUUCGUUUCGAACCUCACCGCGUCGCUGAAAGCAGAACCGGUCGAAAGUAUGGAAUUCCAGAAAGAGGGGCUUCUUUUUGAAUCGAUCGAAAUGCACGAGGAAAUCAGUCCUGACCCGCAGAGAGUUUCAUCGGUGGAGUUGAAACGGACGAUUUCGCUGCCGACGUUGCGGGAAGCGGGGAAGGAGGUGAAUAAAGUGAUAAAGAAGGUGAUGAAUUCGCUGACGUUUACGGAAGUGGAGGAGUUGGAGAAGGCUCCGCUGCUGAACAAAGUGUAG